GACUAAAAAACCAACUGAAUCAGAUGCAAUGCCUGUUUUGCAUUCAAAGUCUGUUGAAUCAACCACCGCUUUUGAUACUACAAAUGGUACAUCUCCUCUAAAUGACGCAACGACGUCGUUGCAGAUGUCUGCUUCAUUUACAACAGCGGCUUCACCUGGAGAAACAAUCUUCGUUUUAAAUUCUCAAUCUAAUAACACAUCGCAAGAAUCCAAGAAAACUGCAGUAGUCUCAUCAAACACUUCGAUCGUAGAUGCCACGUCAGUUGUGUCUUCUACCACCAUCGAAUCCUCUGGCGUAACCAUAGCUUCAGAAAUUACGUCAAAAACUCCUUCUUCUUUAGUUGCAACAUUCUCAACAUCAACUGAAGAGUUAUCUUCUCCCAAUUCUACGUCUGCUCCAGCUACAUCGACACUAGCAGACAUUCUCAGGGCCUCUUCUGAAUCUUCGGUGCUAAAAUUGACAACCACAUCCUCUUCUGCAGCCAUGUCUUCGACAGCAGCCCAAGCAGUAACAGAGACGACUAACGACACUAAAGCGGCUCAGCAAAUAUCUGCAUCUUUGAUACCGGCAGAGGCCACUUCAACCGUAAAAGAUGCAGGGGUAUUGAUUUCGCAGGACACGACUUCAAAGAAGACAAAAGAUGACAAGUCCAAGGUCAGUAAAAAAAGAAAACAUGCUGCAACAGGUUCAACAAAAGACAAAAAGCGAGGAGAGGAUAUAAAAAUGAAAGAUACUGAAAAAGCUAUUAAAAAUUCAUCAAAUGUCCCCAAAUGCAGCGAUCUAGAAAAAGCUGGAGUUGAUAUUGUUAAUAAUCCAGUCCAGUGCGCAGUCGAUAUGGAGAUGACAGGAACGGGUUCGGAAUCUCAAAACAAUAUUACUACAACAACACAAGAAAUAAUAACAUCAUCAUCUCAAGCGACAAACGUUGCUAAUGGAUCUGAUAUAACUAUACUUCAAACAACAGAAAUACCACAGCAGACCAGUACCCGAAGCGAGUCGACUAGAAGCCCAGCUGAGUCAACUAGUGCACAGAGCGAGGCGCCUAGAAGUCAAAGUGAGUCGAGCAACACCCAAAGCGAGUCCUCCACAAGCCCACGUGAGUCAACGAAUACACAAAGCGAGUCGACCACAAGCUCAACAGAGUCAACAAGUAACCACACAGAGUCGACCACAAGCUCAACAGAGUCAACAACCACACAGUCAAGUAACCACACAGAGUCGACCACAAGCUCAACAGAGUCAACAAGUAACCAAACAGAGUCGACAACAAACCAAAUUGAGUCACCAAGUACCCAAAGCGAUUCGAACAAAAUCCAAAAUGAGUCGAUGAGUACACACAGAGAGUCGAUAAGGAGCCAAAAUGAGUCACGAGAUAUUCAAAAAGAGUUGCCCGGAAGCCAAAAUGAAUUAAUGAGCACCCAGCGACAGUCGAUCGGAAGGCCAAGUGAGUCAACAACAACAACAACAACCCAAAGCGUGUCGACUCCAACUGAGACAACGAUAAGUCCAAUUAAAUCGACGAAUAACCAAACCGAGUCGCCUCAAGGAGACGAGACUAAGGCAGCUGCUCAGGACAGCCCAGCAACUGCCAGCUGCGGUACUGCUCAGUGUAGCAACGCGUGCGCACAUGGACGAAUAAUGGACGCCAAAGGUUGCGAAACCUGUGAAUGUGCCUUUUCGCCGAGCUGUCCCCCCGUUCUACCCAUCUCCGUGCUUAUCUGCGCCCUCAAGCGCCAGAAUUUAAGCGCCUGUGCAACCGAUUCCGACUGCAAGUGGAACCGGAUAUGCUGUCCCGGACAUUGCGGCCCAAUGUGUCGGCGUCCGCCCAAAACCCGGCAGGCCAUGUUGCUGGCCAUAGUUGAUGAAUCUUGAAUGUGACGCAUAGACGCUCGAUUAUGCUGCGAUGUUUAUACGGCUUAGACUUUUGAUUAUAUGCCGUCAAACGACUUGGUCAUUUACUCACGAAACACAUUGUGACACUUUAAUUUUUUUAUUAUAUUGUAUAUCUUUUUUGUAUGUAUCUGUGCAUAUCUAAAUUUUGAUAAAAUAAUACAUAAUGCUUAGAUCAUAACAACAGUUUGUUCAAUAUAAUGCAAUGGUUUUGUCUGUUUCUUAUUGCAAAUUGUAUGCAAUCUUUACUUGUAUGUUUUUAAAGUAAUUGAGAUGGCUGCCUUUGUUUGAUACAAACUAUAAA